CACACACAAACACACUCUUCUUUAGAGAGACUGUGGUUCCUUCUCGGAGCAGAGCAGCAGGAGCAGUUGUUACAGAAAGAGAAAAGCAACCCUGAGGUGUCACUCCAACCAUUGAAAAUGAUGUUGAAGACAACACCAAGAGCUACUGUGAACAAGUCACACGCAGAAAGCUGUUCAAGAGCCAGCACAGAGCCAAGUUGUAUCUCACUCUUAGCAGCAUUUGCUAACAAUGAAAUGUUGACUGACAGCGUUCAGUUUGGGAUGAAUGGAUGUAAAAAGUAUUGUGAUCAAGGUUCAGGUUUUCAUUAACAGGAAGACGUGAACAUAACGGAAGAGCUGGAGCCAAAUUAAUCACACGUUGCAAAGAUUUUAAAUAAUUUUGAAACCUCUAAACACUCCAAGUGAACAUAUCUGAAGACAUUUUAUGUGAGCUUGAGGCUAUAAUGUGAGUGUACUUAAUAAAAAGUGAGCAUAAUAAUGAUUCACAUCCAGCCCCGGCCAUGAUGCCAUCAGGUUGUCUUCAGUGAAGCUCCAAUAAUAAUGUUAUCAAAAAUGAUGCUGGCUGUCAUCCUGUCCCUCCUCAUCCUUCUGACUGUGGGUGGUAAUGUGCUGGUGUGUCUUGCUGUCUGCGCCUCUCGAAGCCUUCGCUGUCUCACAAACUGUUUUAUCGUGUCGCUGGCUGUGACAGACCUGCUGCUUGGCCUCUUGGUUCUGCCAUUUUCUGCCCUCCUCCAGCUCAAUGGAGAGUGGCCGUUUGGACCCGUAUUCUGCAACUUCUACAUCUCCAUGGACGUCAUGCUGUGUACCGCCUCCAUCCUCACACUGCUGGCCAUCAGUGUGGACCGCUACCUGGCUGUCACCAUGCCUCUGAGAUACACCUCACUCGUCCUGCCAUGGAAAGCUGCUGUAACCAUGGCAAGCGUUUGGACUGUGUCUGUGGCUGUGUCUUUCUUGCCCAUACAAAUGGGUUGGAACACUGUGAACGGGACAGUGCAGAACCAUGGGCCUUGGGCUUCAGAGAGGAGAUGUCGUUUCGAACUGAACAGACCUUAUGUACUCACUGACUCUCUUCUCACAUUCUUCCUGCCUCUGGUGGCUAUGUGCUGGAUCUACCUCCAAAUCCUUCGAAUUGCACGGGCACAGGCUAAGCGCAUUGUCAGCACCCGACCCACCUGCAUCAUCAGUUACAACUGCAGCAAUAGUCCUUCCACCAGCACCACUCUGGUCUCUAAUGUUACAGCUGUGGCACUGCGAGAACACAAAGCCACAGUGACACUGGCAGCAGUAAUCGGGGCUUUUGUGGUGUGCUGGUUACCUUAUUUUAUCUUAUUCACAGUAUUGGGCAUAAAGGAGCAUCCAGACCCUGGGUUAGUACCAGAAUUUUCUAUUGUUUUGUGGCUGGGCUAUGCCAACUCAGCACUCAACCCUAUCCUCUAUGGAGCCCUCAACAGGGACUUCAGGUCAGCCUACGCUCGUCUACUGAGAUGCUGGUUUCCUGCUUGGUGGAGGAGCCGACAGCCAUCUUCAAAUGUAACUAACACCAAAGAGCAGCUGACAGAGGUGACACUGCAGUGUGACCACACCCCUGCAACUUGCAGGGUGACUAUAGAAAACCAAAACAUCAUGCUUGAAGAAAUUAACAGCAGGACUGCCGCAUCAACUAUUCACUUUGCAAAUGACACUGCUGCCGCACGUGCCAGCCGCAAUGAACGGUAAAUUACUGUUCUGUGUGUAUUUAUAUGAUACUUCAU